AUGGAUAAAACUGCCAUUGUAGCAGACGGCGUGGCGUCAGAGCCAGACGGCUGCAGUUACCAGGAUGUCUUGAACCACCUGGGCCUGAAUCGAAGCAACGAGCUUUUCUCCAUGACGCGGCCCGUCAAGUACUACAAGAAGGCGACUCGUGUGUCCCUGGAAGUGCUGCUGUACGCUAUCCUUAACGUGGUGGAGAAGGAGCAGAAGUUUGUUCCUUAUGUCUGGACCGUCAUGAGGUGGCACAACGAAUUCAUCUCCUGGGAUCCUCAAGAGUUCUGCGGGAUCAGUAAUGUGUCUCUUCCCGUUGGCAUUUUGUGGAAGCCGGAUCUCACCAUCGAGGAGAUGGCGGAGAAGGACAAAGCCCCCCCGAAUCUUUACCUGACCAUCAGCGCCGACGGCCUGGUGGAGGUCACAAACGACCAAGUGCUGUUCAGCAUGUGUCGCAUGAACAUCUACAAUUUCCCCUUCGACAUACAGAGAUGUAAUCUCUCCUUCAAGUCUAUCAUACACUCAGCCAAGGAAAUGCGCCUGCAGCCGAGCAACAACUCGUCCCAGGCCACCGAGUGGUCGCGCGAUUUGAUGCCCACGCAGUUCGAGUGGAUCUUCCUCAGCAUGAAGGUGACCGCCAUCAGCGCCAGCUGCCCGGACCACCAGGAUGUCAUCAUCUACACGAUUACCAUGCGGAGGAAACCCAUCUUGUACAUCAUCAACUUCCUGCUGCCCGUCCUCUUCUUCCUGGCUCUGGACUUGGCCUCCUUCCUUAUCUCGGACUCGGGAGGCGAGAAGCUGAGCUUCAAGGUCACCGUGAUGCUGGCCGUCACCGUGCUGCAGCUCAUCCUCAACGAGAUCCUGCCCUCCUCCUCCAACUCCAUCCCUCUCAUCGCCGUGUACUGCAUCGGCAUCUUUGCGCUGAUGCUGCUCAGCCUGCUGGAGACCAUCUUGGUGAUGCACCUGUUGGAGAAAGACAACAAAAGUGGCGACGACGACGUGGCCGCCGACGGACACGGAAGAAGCGACGAGCGUAACAUCAAACCCGACUUCCACAAGCAACAUGGAGAGGCGAACGCUUGGACGCAGUGUGGAAUCAUUUACUCGAUGCCUGAAACUCCAACUGAAGUGAUGCCGGACCAGGGUGGCGCCCUGUGCCAAAUGCUGGAAAAGCUGUCAGAUGAGCUGAGGCAGAUGGAAAGAGCGAUGACCCUGCUGCUCAACGGCAGGAAGGAGAAGCGCAAGAUGGGUUACUGGGCGCAAGUGGCAGGCAGACUCAACAGAAUCUUCUUCAUCAUCUAUCUGACUGUGGUCAUCAUCUUUUUGAGUAUUCUCUUUUCCAAGUGGACCAGUGUCUAGCGCUAAAGUUAUUAACACACAUUACUGCCUGUAUUCUGUGUCUAUGUGUGUUUGUCUGCGCUGUCUUUGCUGAGCAUGAUCAUACAGAAUAAAUAUAGGGAAAACAUCUGCUUGCAACUUUAAUGUUGGUCAUCAAGACCGGCGGUGAAUUACAAAAAAUCAAGCACUAUAUUAUGUUUCCAACUGGAGUAUUUUCCAGUGCCAAAAAAGCAUGGUGAGUCUCGCCACAACACACUUCAAAUGAAAACAACACAUUUUUUGUUGCACUAUUCUUGCAAUGAAUACAACACCAUUUCGACAUGAAAACAACACAUUUUGUCAUUAAGAUGCAAGUUUUGAUUGAUUGAAUUUUGGAAUGAAAAUCACGUUUUGAUACAACCAUGCAAUUCUUGCAAUGAAAACAACGUUAUUUUGUCAUUAAAACACUAGUUUAAAAUUUAGCCAUGAAAAUGUUAUAUUAUGAAAUAAAAAUGAUGAACAUGGCCAUGAAAUCAACAUUUUAACAUCAAGACAUACUUUUCAAUGAAAACACUACAUUUAGUCAAUACAAGUUGUAUUUUGAAAUUACAAUGAUGAAUAUGACCACAAAAACACUAUUCGUGCAAUGAAAAUGAUUUAUUUUGUUGCAAAACUACAAAAACUACAUAAGAGUAUUUGGGCACAAAAAAACAAAGAAACUAAAAUAUUUUGCCAAAAAACAGACAAACUCUUUGCCAUAAAAACAAAAUACUUUGUCCCAAAGCCACUAUUUGUGCAUUAACAAGAAAGUGUUUUCAUCUUGUAAUGAAACCUACAAACACAAUAUCCCAAUUCAAUAUCAAACACAAAGAGAAAACGAGGGAGCCAUAUUUGAGUGUUAAAGUGGUCAGUCAGACAGACAAGAAUGAAUGUGGCCACAAAUGAGGCGGUAACGAGCAUCGACUGGCGCCAUGAUCGCAUUUGCCAUUUGGACUCAAAUGUGGCCCAGCCCCUUUUUUUUCCCCCUUUCAUAUUUCCAUACGGA